AUGCCUCUCCGACGGGUCAUCGCCGACUAUACCCACGAAUUGUACAACGUCCCUAGGAACCGGCUGUCGAUUCACAACAUCCAACACGACGACGAGGAGGACGGCGGAGUGGCGAUCCGUUGGGUGGAAGAGCCUGGCGUUGCCCUGUGCGAGGCGCGCGGCCGCUCUCCGUCUACUCUCUCGCUCGAUGAGAGGGACUAUGCCGCCAAAUUGGAAGAAGUCGGGUUGAAAGAUCGAUCAGAUAUGGGAAUGGUGGCGUUCGCUCUGGAGGUGAAGGAUCCCACGGACAGGAGACGAGGACCGGGAGGUAUAGGUGGUUGUGAUCUACUCUACCUACGCAUCGUCAACCCACAUCAAGCAUCCGUCUACUCGAUCAGCCAGAUCCCAUACCCCCGCCCGGAAGCCAACAACGACAACUCCGUCAUCGUUUCGCCGUCUCGUGUCCUUCGAUGCUCCGAGGCAGGAAGUCCAAAUCGAAUAGGAAUCUUCUUGGGUGACGGCCCGGCAAGCAUGCUCGACCGCAGACCAAUCUUCUUGAUUCUGGACUUUGAGUGUUACAGCAGUGGUUCAGUGUGGUCGCGCCGUUUGACCGCCGCAUGA